CGUUCGGAACGGUUCGGUUUAUUUGGAAGAAGUUUCUCGACCAUCGACGAAUCCGAACCAUGCUUCCACGGUUAGCGGUGGCGCAGCUGGUGCGCCAACUGGUGGCCACCACUGGCCAACGACAGCACAGCUCCUCGAUGGCGAUCAAGGCGAAGAAGAUCAACUACGAGCGGAUCGGCAUCGUCGGUGUACCGUUCGACAAGGGCCAGCGGAAGAAGGGCGUCGGGCUGGGGCCGAAAGCGAUCCGCGAAGCUGGACUGAUCGACCACAUCCAGGAGAUAUCGCCCAAGCUGGACAUCAAGGACUACGGUGAUAUACAGUACGAGGCGCUCAACUUUAACGGCCGUAAGGUGGGCAACAUGAAGAAGCUGGAACACGUGGCCAGCUGCAACCGGAAUCUGUCGCACCAGGUGACGGAGGUGCUGGACGAUGAGCGGCUGUGUAUUACGCUCGGUGGUGAUCAUGCCAUUGCGGUCGGUUCGAUCGAUGGGCAUCUUCAUCACAGCAAGGAGGUGGCCGUAAUCUGGGUGGACGCGCAUGCUGAUCUGAACACGAACUCCACCUCACCGACGGGCAACAUUCAUGGUAUGCCGGUGGCCCUGUUGGCACGCGAACUGAGUGACUACUGGCCGUACAUUCCGGGGAUGGACUGGCAGGAGCCAAUCAUCUCGAUCAAGAACCUGGCGUACAUUGGGCUGCGGUCGGUCGAUCCGUACGAGCGCGUCAUCAUCGAGAAGUUUGGCAUCAAUGCGUUCGGUAUGCGGGAGGUGGAAAAGUACGGGAUCCGGGAGGUGAUGCGGAUGGCGUUGGAGCGUAUCGAUCCGGAAGGGACGCGCAGUCUGCACGUUAGCUACGACAUCGAUUCGCUGGACGUGCUGGAAGCGCCCAGCACCGGUACGAGUGUUCGUGGUGGGCUGACGCUACGCGAGGGAAUCUACAUCAUGGAGGAAGCGUACAAUACGGGCCGGCUGGCGGCUGUCGAUCUGGUGGAGGUGAAUCCGGCCAUCGGAACGCCGGAGGAUGUGCGUCGGACGGUGGAUGCAGCCGUGCAUCUGCUGGUGGCCGCCUGUGGUCACAGCAGAAAGGGUGACAUUGCCGAUACGCUCGAUUUGAUACCGAAGUGAUGGG